AAGAACUCAUGUACGACAUUUCUCAUCCUUCCGGACAAGAACUAUAGUCCAAGAGAGAUGGCAGAAGUUGGUCAUCUGUUAUCAGCAAGGCAUAUUAAGCUUCUCUCUGUAACUCCGGCAAACCCCAAAUUCUCCGCUUCGGUGUCUCGUUCUUUCACAAUCAGAGCUUCUUCCAAAAGGAACUCUCUCUCUCUGGGUAACAAAAAGAACAGCAGGAGCAGUAGCCCACGGAGUGUGAUCAGAUUAUCAACAGCAGAUGGGAAAUGGCAUGGGAAUUGGAGCUGUGAUUACAUUCUCUCCCUCCAAGACCUGCGUUUGGAUGAUUUGAUCGAAGAUGAAAAUACACAUGACGCUCAAAUUUCGGUUAAUCUCUGCGUCCACAAGCAUGCUAGCUUUGGCUUCUCCGUUGAUGGAAGGAUAUUAACAUCAUUCAACAGAAAAUGUAGCAACUGCUCUUCUACCUACUGCAGAAAGGUUAUCUACGUGAAGCCUGGAAAUGAAGCAGAACUUGAUUCACUCAUACAGGACACGAUACGGCUUGCAACCUCCAUUAAAGAUACUUGUUCAGAGCUGUGUGAGAAAUCAUAUCCCACCGUGCAGUAUAUUGGUGGAAAAAGCACUGCUUCUGUUGAUAAGAGAUGGUCUAGGCUUUUGGAGCUAAAGAAUAUGCAAUAAUAUAUGCCUAUGAUAUUAUCUGAUAUUAAGCUCAUAUAUUUUGAACAAGUGUGUGCAAUGUACUGUAAAUAGUAUAACGCAGUUGGAACUGCGGUUUAGCGAUACACAUUUUUAGUAAUAAGUUGAAGAGAAAUUCUGAUA